AUGCUACUAGAAAAGUUACGCUUAGGUGAACAAGAAUUAGACCUACCGGGACCUUCGGUGUACUUAUCUCAGGUGGAGGAGUUCCCUACUGAAACUGAGGAAGAUCAAGAAGAGGAAGAGACCGUAGAAGAUAAGAUAAGGGAAAUGGAGUUAGAUGAAGAAUUAGAGGAAGAACAAAUAGAGCAGGCAAAAGGGGCAUUGAUAAGGGAGCAAGAUCUACCUAAGGAACUACCUACGGAAUCACAGUUUGCCAGCGGAUAUGGAACUAAAAGAGAAACGGCGAAUACAGAAGAAGAGUGA